AUGGCUAAAUUCGUCCUCGCUGGUAAAGCCGAUUGUCCAUAUUAUGCUAAAGUGGAACUUCUGGCAGACUAUUUACAGCAGAAUCUUCCUGAUUUUAGGAUACAUAAAAUUACCCAACAUCCUGAGGUUUGGGAGGAGUGGCUGAAAGAUGUGUGUGAAAAAAAUAAAUGGAGUCACAAAAAAUCUCCCAUCAUCUGGAGAGAGCUGCUGGACCGCGGAGGCAAGGGCACACUCUUGGGAGGCUAUAAUGAAUUCUUGGAGCAUGCCCAGCUUUACUAUGGCAUUACGUCUAGCAUGACAACUGAGCUGAUGCUAACAGUUGCUAAAGAAAACCUGGAGUCACAUAUGGAAAAAUCGCUCAAGGAAGAAUCCCUCAAGGAACUCACCAGCCCCUUACAGGUCUGGAUCACCAGUGCCUCGGCUCCUGCCUGCUACAACCUGAUUCCCGUCUUGACAAGUGGUGAGGUGUUUGGGAUACACACGGAAAUUAGCAUAAUUCUAUUAGACAGCAAGCAUGAAAACCACCUCUCCACCAUUCUACUGGAGACCCAGGACCUGGUGUCACCCCUCCUCCAGAGCAUCACCAUCUGCACUGAAGUGGAGAAGGCCUUCGACCGGGCCCACGUGGUCAUCAUCCUGGACGACGUCACUGACCAGGAGGUGUUCAGCCUGGAAGACUGCAUGCGAAGCAAGGUUCCUCUCUGCAGGCUCUACGGAUACUUGAUUGAGAAAAAUGCCCACGAAUCCGUCAGAGUUAUUGUGGGAGGAAAAACCUUUGUGAAUCUUAAAACGGCCUUGCUUAUAAGAUAUGCCCCAAGCAUUGCACACAACAUCAUUGCGGUAGCACUGGGGGUGGAAGGGCAAGCUAAAGCUGUGCUGGCCAGAAAACUGAAAACAGUUCCUGCAGGCAUCAAAGAUGUGAUAAUUUGGGGUAAUAUUAGUGGAAAUAACUAUGUUGACCUGAGGAAAGCCAAAAUCUACAGAUAUGAGAGUGCUAUCUGGGGACCCCCUUACUACUCCCGCCCUGUUUUGAGCUUGAUUUUUGAUCGUGAGUGGAUCAACAAAGAUUUUGUGAAAAUUCUUAAAAGCUUGUCGGCCUCAGGAAGACAAUUUAGAGGCAUUUUAGCUGCACACAGUAUAGCCACUACAUUGAAAUACUGGUAUCAUGGCUCACCACCUGGGGAGAUUGUGUCUUUAGGAGUAUUGAGUGAAGGUCAAUUUGGUAUUCCUGAAGGGCUUGUCUUUUCCAUGCCUGUGAAAUUUGAAAAUGGAAGUUGGGUGGUUCUUACAGAUCUUGAAGAUAUUGAACUAAGUGAACAAAUGAUGAUCAGAAUGACGAGUGAUUUAAUUCAGGAAAAACUUGUUGCACUUGGAGAUGUGCUAUAUUAUGAACCAUACCAAUCAGAAUACAAAUAUAACAUAUAUGCUGAUCUAGUCCAAGAUGAAGAAAAAGAUCUAGCUUUAUCAAAUAAUUCUGAAGGCAAAACCAUGGAACAGUAA